CCAUUCUAUCACCCCUGACUGCCAGCAGUUCAUCGUCGAUGGCCAGAAAGUGUGUCGUCCACAGACAAGCAAUGAACUCCCAAUGUUUUUGCCGGCAAUAACAAUCUGUGCUGUGCUAUUAUCUGCACAAUUACCCGUAAAAGGCACCUUUGCUCCUACUAUCAACGCGCACGGAGUUUCCACUGUCAUUGGAGAAAGCUGGGAUUAUCACCUACAUCGAAAGCAACAGUGCCCAAAACCCAAAGCCAGCAUGUCUUCCGAUUCGCAGCCAAAGUACGAAGCUGGAACGCACUCGAUUGCCUAUGUGACCACCCCGAAUGCCAACUCGGCCAAAGAGCUGGCCCGGAAGCUAGUGGAACGAAAGCUGGCCGCCUGCGUAAACAUAAUCCCCGGGCUGACAUCGAUCUACGAGUGGGAAGGCAAAAUCAACGAGGAUCAGGAAAUCCUGCUGAUGAUCAAAACGCGCACCACACGGAUCGACGAGCUGAGCAAAUUUGUGCGCGAAAAUCAUCCGUACAGUGUGGCCGAGGUGAUAUCGGUGCCGAUAGAGAAUGGGAACCCACCGUACUUGGACUGGCUGAGCAAGACCGUGGUGGCGGUGGAGAAGUGAAACGUGAAACGGAGCUGAAUACUUUUUAAACGUUUGGAUUUGCUAUUUUUAUGGUAUGGUUUAAGAUUCGUGAAUAAAAUGCCACUUUGCAUUUAAAAAAA